AUAUUUGUAUUUGUGGACUUUUUUUGUUUCGGUUCAAUUAAUUCACUGAAUAAUAAAUUAAAUAUAUGCAUUUGAUUUGAAUGUUUCCUAAGGAGGUGUAACCUGAUAUCAAAAUAAUGAUCUCAAUAGAUUUAAGGAACAUAACUUGUCUAAAAGGACAUAUUGAAUUGAGCUUUGUAGGAAAAUUAGCACCUUUUUCCUAACUAUUAGCAAAUACAAGAAGAUGAACGGUACCUAAAUAUCGAACACAAUCUUGUUAAGGAAAACCGUUGAACAGUUUGAAAGUAUAAAAUUGAUUAACACCUAAAAUCAAAUAUUUACUUUGGGACAGAAAAAUCGAUCAAUUUCAUUCAUCCUUUGGAAUUCAUCAAUACAAGAUGUGGUCUUUCACUAUUCUCGUAUUUACGGUUUUUGUUUAUGUUGUUUUUUCGAAAAGUUUACCUGAUAGAAAUAAUUCAACUGUACAAAUCUCUGAAUAUGCAAAAGUCGCUCAUUGGGGAUCUGCAAGAAGUAGUCAAGGGCAAAAACCUUGGACUCAGCGAUCUGAGGGAAGCAUCUCGUACGGUCAAAACUUGAAGAACCACCGAUCAUAUGACACUUCUUUGAUUCCUGCUGUGGGAGAAGUACAAGAACGAUUCAAUCCAAAGCCAUACUUCGUAUAUGGAACGUCUGAGAACCAAAAUGAUGUGUCAAGUGAAAUAGUCAAAGGUCCUGCAUCCACCAACUACAAUUCACCUGUUUAUUUACCAACAGUGCCACCUAGUGCAGCUCUACCAGUUCCUGUGCUUCCUACCGUAGAACCAAAACCUCAUGAAGAUCCUUAUACUUCACCCUAUAGCUCUUACAACCCUCCAUCAAAGGAGAGUGAGGCAGAAGAGAGUUAUAAUCCUAGUCACAACCAGAUGGAUAUAUCUCAUGAUGAGGAUUCUUAUGGAACCAACCAAGAAGAGGUAGAGGAUGAUUUCCCACCACGAGCAAACUCUAUGAAGAAUAAUGCAGCAGCAGAAGAAGACAUGAAAUACCAAUCUGAUGAUGAUUACUCACACAAUUCCUAUUUUCCUGUGUCUGAUGAUUCCCAUAGUGUUUCUGAUCAUCACGUCAAAUCCAAUGGAAUGAAAGAAGUAAUUUUAGAUCACCCACCUCCUGGUUAUGAAGAGAAAGAACCACCAAUGGCUCCUCCACCUUCUGAACACUUUCCUCACUACUUAUACGAAGACGAACAUCAUGAUCACCAUGUAUAUCAUGAAGUGGAAAAACCAAAAGAACAAAAACGUGUUAGCAAACCUCAAUACAGUUAUUAUUAUAUUGGUAGAAAAUUAUGGUACAUUCCUUUGUAUUUUAGUGUGUACUUCAUUAUUUAUGUGACUUUCUUGAUUUUGAAAUCAAUAGCUAGGCAUAAAAUCCAAUUCAAACAUGAUUUUGUGGAUCACCAUUCAAGAGAAUCAAGACAGCUGAGUGACUCAACCAUUAUUAGUGAAGAUUUGAAUGAUGUACAUCGAAAUGUAGCUGUAGCGUUGGAAAAUGGCAAAAAGAAAUUUCCACUUGUAGUUAUGUAAUAUUUAUUGUCUAGGAUUAUGCAAUCAUUAAAAAUUCUCUAAAUUAAGUUAAGUGUUUUAUUUUUUCCAUGUGGAGAUGAAAGG